AUGAAAACUCAAAGAGAUUAUCAAUAAAGGCCGGACAAAUAGCUUAAUUUACAUUAAGAAAGUCCGCACGUGCUGAAGGAGCGACCUAAUUCAGGCAGUGACUUCAACCAUAUCUCACCUAUCCAAUCUAUUCCAGUAACAUCUUCUGCUGCUCUUCUUGCUCACACUGCUAAUGAAAAAACACUAUAUACAAAGUAAUAGCAGCUCAUGCAACACCCACAUCAGCAUCUUUAGCAUAAUUAAGACCCUAAGUUAUUAAGCAAUAAUCAGAGAUAAAUGUAGCAUCAGCAAUACGCAUAAUAAUAUCAAUAUUCAAGCGGCCCUGGAGGUUAUUAAAAAUAUGAGAGCAAUGAUAUUUCCCCACUUGGAAAUAAUAAUCUAGUGCAGGAAUUCUAUAAGAAACCUCAAUAAAUAGAUGACUUGGGAGAUGAUUUUUAUUCAGAUGAUAAUGACCUUGAAGGAGAAGCUAGCAUGGAUUACAAUAGCAUUGCUGGUCGUCAGGACUAUCCCUAAAAUAUUGGAAUAAAUAUGUACGGGGCUCCGAGCAAUAUCACAGCAUAUUCUUAAAGCACAGGGAAUUAAAAUAAAUAAGGGACAAAUAAAUAGAAUUAGAGAGAUUUAAAAUAGGCUACUUGCACUGAAUUUGACCUGACUGCGAAAGAAAUUAACUCUAACAAGAGAUUUGAUAAAUAGAAAAAGAACACAAUAAUCUCUGGAAGAACUAGUCACAGUCCUAUUGAUGGUCAGCCUUCAAACUCUGAGACUGUCAAAUGGGCCUUCUCAAAUAAAGAUUCACAAGAAACAUAGAAGAAGAUCAGCAUUAUUAAUAGAGAAUCAAUAAACGUCCAGGAUAUGAUAUCAAGAUCCUUGAAAUCUCAUGAUAGCAAAGGGGCAUAAUCGUCGCAGUAAACGACUUCAACAAAAAAUAUUCCAAACUCAAUCAAAGGAAAGAUGCUUGACUUUGUCAAUCUAGACUAAUAACCACAUUAGCAGAUUGAAUCCGGAUUGUUCUAUUCAACCUCUCAAAAUAAACUUGUUGCCAACACAAACGACUCUAAUUACUUGAGAAAUGACGAAGAGGAGAAAAUGAUCUCAUUCCUAGAAGGUGAAACAGAACUAUUAAUGAGUUCAAAUAAAAAGAUUAUUGGAAAUAUGAACAUUGCAGGGAUUCAAUAUAAAAAAUAUGCAAGCCAUCUGAACAGUAAUCUCAGUAAUAAUGGAAAAUACAUGGUUAAUCAUCAGGAAAAGAUGCCUGAUUUCUUUUAAUCAUACAUUAACAGAGUAAAGGAGUGUCUUUUGUGUCACGAGCAGAAAAUUCAUGACUCCAGCCACAACUGCUCAGUUCUGGAUCCUCCGAAAUCGCUAAGUUAAAUAGUGAUUUAAAAUCUAAAUAAAAAGUAUUUAACUAGCAGAGAGUACUAUGCUUCAAAGGUUAUCAAUGAUAUUAUCUACAAUGAAUAGAUCCACAUUGUCUCAGUAUUCAAAGACUACUUGAUCUUUGAUGAUAUAUCUGAAUUUCUUAAGAGAUUUUACUUCAGACAAGAGAGUUUCUAAAGACUUCCAAAGAUGUUUGAGUUUUAUGAGAAAUAUUCCAAAGUGUUCCCCAAUUAUGUUACUCUCCCUGAAAAUAAAUACCUUUUCAAAAACAUCGAAAAAAAACAAAAGAAUUUUGAUGAAAAGUAAAGAAUUAUUUAGGAAUAGAUAGAAAAGAAGCUAAGAGACUAGCAAAAUGGGUUCCAGCUUGGAUCAAGUGCCGAAAAGGCCAACAAAAGCAAGCAUAGAGAUAGAUUCAGCAGCUAAUAGAUGGCUAAUUCCAGCAUGAAUUCUUACAUGUCAACUAACAGAAUGUUUGAUACCAAGUUCAUUGACUCUGUUGCUAAUAUUUAGGCUAGUGGUAUAAUCGAAGCCUCAUCACUAUAGUCAUCUAGGAUAAAUAACAGUCAAUACUAGGAACAUGUUCUAAAUAGCUCAAUCUUAGUCCAUUAGCAUCUAUAAUAAAACAUGGAAAAUGCUUAAAAGAAGAAAAAGAAAGCAUUACAUGAUUUAGACUUUGGAGAAUUGAUCUCAAAAUUUAUUGCUAAAGAUUCAUAGCAAACCCUUCAAUAAUCAUCUAUUUACCCAGAUUUAUAAACGUCUGAAAAGAAGCAACCUUUAAAUGAAAACAAUCAAAACAUCUCAAACAGACCACAAUCUAACUUGGCUUAAUAACAGCAGUAAUUGCAAAAGAAACCCUAAAUCUAUGAGUACUAAGAGAAAAAGAUUGCUUAGUAAAACUAAGUUCAAAUAAACACAGAAAACAGUAAAACUAUCAGUGAUGGAGUUAGCUCUGGUAGACCUACUAGUUCUAAGUCAAAGAUAGAAAUCAAGACUAAGUCAUAAUCAACUGGUAUCGCUAAUCAAUUAAAUUCCCAAUAAAUUUAGCAAUAGCAGAUUAAUCAAGUUUAACCUGGAAAAAUUUCAAUUAAUCAUUAAGUUGCCCAAGAAAAAUAAACUCAGUAGCAUUUAUAGUAAUAGCAACCUCAUUAACAAACAUAUGAUGUAAAUAAAGAGGGUGGCCAAAUAAUCAAUUACGCCCUAAAUACAAAUCCCAAUCAGCAAGUCCCGAAUCAUUUGAUUAUAAAUAACUUCAUGUAAGAUAAGAAUUAGUUGCAAAAGCAAUGUGACAUUAUCAUCAAUAUCGCCUCAUCAAAUAUAAUCACCUCAUAAAACUUACCUCCCUAAGACAGAAACUUCUAUGACUAUAAUAUGUAUUAGAGCAACAAUAACAAUCCUAAUGCAAACUAUAAUCAAUAUCCAAAUAACUAUGCACUCAUGAAUUAAAAUCCAGAUUAAUAAUAGUACAAAGUUCCAACUCCAAAUGAUCACAUUUAGGAAGUCAAAGUGUUAGCAAGUGGAAAUGGCUCAAGAUAGGGUAGUCUUUAGAGAAGUCAAAGCAGAAGUAACUUACAUAAUGCAUAGCAACUUCAAUAAAUGUCCUAGAAGGUCAUUUCAGAUAAUAACACAAAUUGUUAAACACCAAUGAGAAACAAUAUCUAAAGAGAGAUGAAGACACCUGGAAGUGGAAAUACUCAAAAUGAUAACAAGAUUCAGCCAAAUAUGGUCUAAAAUAAGAUUCUAAAGAGAGUCAAGAACCAAAAUAAAUAGAAUGUUCAAUAGUAAUACAUGUAAGAUUAGUAGUAAAAUCUAAUGAGUCUCUCAGGUAACAACAAAUCACUAAGUACUUUACAGAAAUCUGAUAAAGAUCACACCCAUAGUCCUCUUAAUAUCUAUGCUCAACGAAACCCAGUCUUUACAGUGAGUUUGAAUCAGCCUAAAUCAAACACUGAGGUAGUAGCUUCUAGAGAGCUGAGCAAAGAGAGAAGACAGACUAUUAAUGCGGUGCCUUCAACUUAGAAAAUGCAAAACAACAUAAUUUACCAAAGUUAGCAAUAGCAAAUGCAAAUGAUGCCCUCUACAAGCAAUUAGAUGUUCAAAAAUGAGAUGAUUAUGAAUUUAACUGCAAAGUAAACUGAAAGCAAGGUGAUCUAACUUGAUAGGCAAUUCAAGAAUCAUAUGCCAGAGUAUUCCUCGGCUGGCUCAUAAUCAGGUCAUAUGGGUAGUAUAGAAAGAUUGAGGAGUAUUGAGGAUGAGAUAUCUAAGGAUUACUCAAAAUAUGUCAAUGAAUAUGGCUUGGGUAAAACAGCCUUCGCAAAAGCUGUUAAUUCCAUAAGAGAGAAAUAAGUUUUAUAGCACUAAAAUACUCUAAAGCAAUAAUAAAUUGGAUCACAGCCAACAAGCACCAGAUAAGGUAGAUUGGUCUAGAACUCAAAUGAAAAGAAGCGUACUACAUCUAAUAAUCCAAGAUCUGGUUCAACUUCCUAACAAAGAAAAUGCAGUAAUAGUAGAUAAUAAAAUUAUAAAAAUGCAUUACAAGCAUAAGAGUCAAUUAAUGAACUCUAUCAUAAUACAAACAAGAACGAUUAGAAGCAAAUCAGAAGUGUCAGAGCCAAGACUCAUUUGAAUAGCCAAAACUCUUCAAGCUGUUAUUAAAGAUCAUCAAAGCUAAGCCCAGAUAAAAAUAUUAUAUCUGCUGCUCACAUCACUAAUUAGAACAUUCUCGGUUUGACUCAAACAAUAAAUGGUCAAUUUAACCCAAAUUAGUCCUCCAACUAUAUAACUCUGAAGGCAAAGCCACAGAACUAAUCAAAGGGCAUAAAGAUAAAAUUCCCUAUAAAUUCAUCCAGAGGAAAUUCUAAGCAGUAGAAUCAGAGUCAAAAUUAGACUCCUAAGCGAGUCAAACUUCAAAAGACUAAAUCAACAAGUAAUAUUCCGAUAUGCUUCACAUCUCGAGUGGGUUUAAAUAAUCAAAGUAAUGUUUUACUUACAUAGAGAAAUAGGAUAAAUGGACAAGAUAUGGUAAUAAUGGAUGAGAUGAGCUAUCAAAUGAAUGCAACCAAUCCCUCGUUGAACUACAACUGCAUGAAUAAUGGAAAUCAAAAUGAAAAUGGCGGAGGUAUUAUGAACUUCAACCAAAAUACUUUUAAUACAAAUUCCUGUUUAGGGACUUAUACCACAACAUCAAUUCUCAACUCACCGCUGUCCUUUAAGAAUCAGGCUGGCUUUAUAUCAUAGGCACAACUAUAGUAAUAGCAAUAACAGUAGUAGCUAUAGUAAUAAUAACAGUAAUAAUAACUGUCUACACAAUAGCAGACAAGGAAUAACAGCAAGGGAAGAUAGUCAAGUAGGAACGGGGCUAAUUCUCAACACCAAAGUUAAAAAUCUAUAAAUAAUGGUCAUCAGAGAGCUAGCAGUAACAAUGGAGUACUUUAAAACAGCAACAACAAAAACAAAAAAGCUUAAGUUGUCACAUCAGGCGAUCCUAAAAGGCUAUCUGGGGGUAGUACUCUUUCUAAAAAAUAGUCAUAAGUCCACCACCAAGCUUCUUCAAGUAUUAUGACAUAAUAAAUUUUGCAACUGCUCAUGUCUCAUCAAACAUAACAGGACGGGGAUGCAUUAGGCACCUCUUCUAUCCAGCAGAAUAUAGCAUAAAACAGUACACUGAAAUUACUUUAGUCCAAUAACUCUCAAAGUAUGAAAGACCUUAAGUCAAUGAAAUAAUAACAACCAACUACUUCUACCCUUCUAAAAGACAUGAAUAUAAUCAAAGCACCUAAGCAAAGUAUAAAUAAUUAAGGUGGAUUUAUACUUUAAUCCCAACCAUCAUCAUCAACAGCUAAUACUUAAAGAUAAGGUGGGCAAUCAAUAUUGAUGGUAAAUAAUCAAAACAGUCGAAAGACUAAGGGUAGUGGCAAACUUACCUCUAGAGGUGGAGACAGCAGUAGGAAGAGAGUCUUGCAGUAGCAAAAUAUUGUGGUGCCAUCGAAUGUUGAUUGUACAACAUCAAUUUCAACCAAUAAUUAAUACUCAAAUACUGGAGGUAUGGCAAAUAUGACUUCAAAUGAUUUAUCUUCUCGCAUCUAAAAUUCAUUAGCCAUGAAUUAUGCUGAUUAGACUAGCAGUGUCCAAAUGGAUAAUAAGAGAGUGCUAAGUCAAUCAAAAAGCUAGGAGAACUUUGACUUAAUAAGAGGUAACAUACUUUAUUUAUAAUUUAAUUUAGUAGCAGCCCAAAGAGCAGCCUUAGAAUAACAGCAAACCUCUUAAUAAUUGCAAUAGUAGCAAUUUAUGAACAGCUAGCAAUUGAAUUCUACAUCUAAUAAGUUCUUGCAAAAUCUAAAGCAGUAGGAGAAUCAGAUAUCUCUCCAGAAGAUAAAAUUAAUGCCUCCUUAAACAUUCUAGCAAAUGCCAGUAUAAUCAGCAAGAAAUUUAUAAUUUGACAAUAAUGUAAACUACAGAAGCAAUAACAUGCAAGAUAAUACAAGUGAUCAGCAGCUAUACUAGCAGCAACAGUAGUAGGUGUAGUAUAGCAAGGGAGCAACUAACAUAAUUAUCGGGUAGAACUUUGAGAAACCCUCAUCAAGAAGAACCUCAGGUAAAUUUAAUCCUCAGUCAACUCGAAGUAACAAUUAAUAAAUGCAAUAACAACAGUAAUGA